CACAGGCGCAGAUCUAGUAUCUGCCACUCCUCUUCCUUCCCUCUCCACCAGCCCCUCCCCUCCCUUUCUCUGCUCCAAUCUUAAUUUCUAAAGUACUAGAGUCCACUCUGAUGAAGAAUUGCCAUUUCUCCCUCUGACCGUGGCAGUGUGAAUUAACUUCGAAGCUUGAGCCCACUGAAAAUGUCUAUGAGCAAGAUGCAGAGUUAAAACUGCAGUGGCCAUCUUGCUGGUCAGUGCCCUAGGCACUGCUAAUUAGAGCUCAAAAUUAGCCAGAGAAGCUGGUUACAAACGGAGAGUCCCCCGCAGGUGGAUAAUUAUAAUGACUCUAAGGAUCUUUUCCUUUAGGAAUCAGGGACUCCUUCCCGAGCUCCUACUGCAUUGUGCCUGUAAAGAAAGGCAUGCCAAGAGUAGGGUGGGACUGGUAACAGACCUGUCUUUUUCUGUAGUCCUAAGUGACUGAAUAAAGAAGAGAAAUGAAAUCCACUAGGACUACCUGAGCUUUUGGAGGUAGAGAUGCUAGUGAGGGGAAGAGGAGACGGCUCUCUCAGACUGAGGCCCUACCCCUCUGGGUCUAUUCUGAGCCAGUCUCAACUGAAAGAACCUUCAGAGCAUCUAUAUUGUCUGUCCUUUUCCCAGAUGCAUUAUGAUAUCUGCCAUUGGCCCCUGACUCUACUCCUCCCCUCUGACUCCGGCCAGCUAGCUCCUGGGCUGAGCACAACCGCUAGACACAGCAGCCAGAGCUCAAGCAUAUUUCCUUUCUCCACAGCCCGCCCCUAGUCUUGAGGUUCCCUCGCUCAGCUGCAUGGUUGGCAGUUUUGUGGGUCUGAGGUCGGGAAGAUAUUUGGCCUCCCAAAACCCUGUCUCCACCCCACUUCCUGCCUCUAGCCAGAGCUCAGCCGUCUAGUUGGGAAGACACUCCGGCUCUGUGCUGGGGGAAAUUGUAUGGAGCCUAGAAGCAAGCCGGAGCCAGCCUGGUGGGGCCACCUACAUCGAGUUCUGCUGGCCCCAACACUGGGCUUAUUCUCUCUCCGCAGCCACUAGGUCAGCGGGCUCUUGUUCAGACCACUUCUUGUCUGAGCUAGGAGUGACUCUUGCAGUUUAGCCUGAGUUGAAUUAGCUAGAUCUUUCUAUCUAACCUGUAACCAAGGCCAUGAUGUCACUCUCAUGGGUGGACCUCUUUUGACAGCCCCAGUGGACCACGUGGCUGGUCACUAAGGGCAAGUGUACUUGGCUUUCACCCCACAGAGACUUUUCAUUCUUAAAGUUGUCACUGGACAGUUUUGACCCCAGGACAGUAUAUCUGUUGCCUAGGUCUGUAGCUCUAGUACUUCUGAACAUUGAGGAGCUCUGCCCCUGAGGCAGACAGCUCCCUCGAUGCUUGCCUUCUGCAGUUUUAGUGCUGGAUCCCCCAGCCCUGACCUGCCAGUGACUUCUUUGUUUGCUCCCUCAGGUGAAAGAGGAAGACAAAACUCUGCCGAAGCCUGGCCCUCCUGGCAAGGAGGAAGGGGCUCUAGAGGGCAGCUCAAAGGACAGCAGUGGCCCAUCUAGGAGUCCUCAGCCUCCCACCAACUCUGAAUCUACAGAAACCAAGAGCCCUGUACCCACACUUGCCAUGAAUGGCCUGGGGGCUGCCUCAGCAGAAGCCUCGAGUGAGGAAACCCCGGGCCUAUCCCGGAAAAAAGUGGCAAAUGCAGUGAGGAAGGUGGUGAGCAGGGUGAUGCCUGGUGAGGAGCCUGGAAGCACCAGGGAGACUCUGAGCAGAGGAGUCAAAUCCCCUGAGCACCCAGCUCGAGGCAAGAGGGGAGAAAAGGCAGCCUCUGGUCCCAAGCCACCACCUCCACCACCUCCCCCUCCUCCACCUAAGCCGGAAGCAAAGAAGGAGGCAGCCAAGGAUGAGCUCUCUGUGGGCCUGCGGAGCCUGAUGUCUCGGGGCAGGGGCAAGGAUCACAAGCCCCGCAGCAGGCAGUCUCCUGGGAAAGGGGAGAAGCCCUCUAGCCAGGAGCCAGGCUCCUCGGGAAAACCAGGCUUCCCAGAGGUGGUGGACUCCUCAGCCAAGCCAGUCUCCCCCACCAAGCCUGGAACCCCAGAGGAGCAGUGUUCCCUAGCCCCACCGGAAGAGCUGGCUGACCCAGGCUCUGCUGGUCCGAAGUUGAACCUCACUGGAUUGCAGCAGUCCAAGGCACCAGCCCCUGACGUGCAGCAGGAGGUACCCGAGUGUGUCACUAACCGCUCACGCUGUUCCCCAUCCUCGCUUAAGGGCCAGGCACCCUCACAACUAGCUUUCCCAUGUCUCCACAGCCCCGCAUGACUGAGAGGCUGGGCCCAGGCCAUUGCCGAUGGCAGAGCUGCAUGGCUUUCCUGGACUGAAUGCCAGAGCUCAUGGUGGCCUGGGCUUAGGGAUACGACCUGCUAACCAGCAUGCUGCCGUUCUGUGGGAGUUGGGGCCUGGUGCCCAGCUACAUGGGGUCAGUUCGAGGCUCCAGACCCCAAGUCGAGGACCAGUACGCUAGCAGAUUAGUUCUAGGAUAGGAAGACAGAACUCCUGAAGUCGAGUGGCCUGUAUACGUUCACAUCCCAGCCACUCAUCCCAUGCAGGAUCUCAGCAAGGUCCCGUCUCUAAGCCUUCAUCUGUCAGGUGGGGACGACACGGGUCUACAGUCCCUUCUCUGAAGCCCUUAGGGCCAGAACUAUUUUGGAAAUUAGUUAUUUUUGUAUUUUAGGAUAUCAUGCAGUGUAUAUAAUGAGCAGCAAUCCGUAACCAAACCCAUUAAUAUUUAAUGAAACCUAUGAAUGUUCACGCUGCAGGAGGAUAAAAUAUAAACAGGUUUCGCCACCAAAUAUAAAUAGUUAAGAAAAAUCGUUUGUUUGGGGGUGCCUUUUGGAUUUUGGAAUUGCAAAUAAGAGAUGAUAUCUGCUUUGAAGUGUUUCUGUGAAGGUUAGAAAUGAUUGAGGUAGUGAAUGCUCCCAGGCCAGUCCCUGGUGUGGAGGGUGCUCCAUAAAUGGCAGCAUCAUAACGGUGCUAAUAACAGUAGUUAUUAAUAUCAUCAUUGUCAUCACUACCUUCCUUAGGCCUGUCAGCAGUCCCCUCUGGCAGCAGAACUCUUGAGAAACCCUGUGCCUGGGUGGCUAAUGGACACAGUGGGCUCCCUUUGGAUCUGGGUCCCUGUCUGUCCAUAAAGUGUCCUCCGUGUGGGACAGGAGGCUGAGAGGCAGAGGGAAGGCCCAAGGACGAUUAG